UAUUGUAAAUUUUGGAAUUCGAACUUUGUAUUUUUUAUUUUCUUGGCUUUACUGCUUUAGUGUUAGGUACCAUAUAGGCAGUAUUAGUUGUAGGUACUUCAGUAUUAACAAAUCUUGACUUUUAAUUGAUUGAUAAGUGUUUUUAUUUUUUUUAAAUCACGGUCUUUGAUUAUAACUCAAUUAAAUACGAACUGAAGAACAUUAAUUUAUUCUGGUGUUUACUCUAAAAACAUUCCAUUUCCAGUUUUUACACCUAUUGUCGCAUCAUGAAGAAUUCCAACUCAAAUAAUAUAAUUAAUUCGAAAAAAGUUGGUACAAAAUUUUACGUGUUUAUAGUAAUUUUUUCAUUUCUUUGUAGAGAAGUUUACUCUGAAUGGAACACUAGAGAUUAUAUGAAACGUGAUCAUUCACUAUUGAAACCAUACCAAGGAUCUGGCAUAACAGUACCAAAUUGGGAUUUUAUGGGUUCCACUAUAGUGACAGACAAAUAUGUGCGAUUAACACCCGACUUACAAAGCAAGUCUGGUUCAAUAUGGAACUCUGUACCUUGUUAUGUCAAUAAUUGGGAAUUGCAAGUACAAUUUAAAAUUCAUGGAAAAGGAAAAGAAAGUCUUCACGGUGAUGGAAUGGCUAUUUGGUACACCCGAGAAAGAAUGAAACAUGGGCCAGUUUUUGGCAAUAAAGAUUUAUUUGAAGGACUUGCUGUUAUAAUUGAUACAUAUAGUAAUCACAACGGAGAACAUAAUCACCAACAUCCUUAUAUUUCAUCAAUGAUUAACAAUGGAUCUUUACAUUAUGAUCAUGACCGCGAUGGAACUCAUACAGAAUUGGCAGGAUGUGAAGUUAAAGUUAGAAAUUUACUAACUGAAACUCAUAUUUUAAUAAGAUAUACUGGCAAUACACUAACUGUAAUGACAGAUUUAGAAGAUAAAGCAGUAUGGAAACCUUGUUUUACUGUUGAAGGCGUUGAAUUGCCAACUGGUUACUAUUUUGGAUUUUCGGCAGCAACAGGAGAUUUAUCAGAUAAUCAUGAAAUUUUAGCUGUUCGACUAUAUGAAGUGGAUUCUGAUGACCCUAAUGAAGCUCUUAAGGAUCGUUCAAAUAUAAUUCCAAAUGCUAAAAAAUUCAGUCCACCAAGAGAACAUAUCGAAGACACAAAGAGUCAAAGUUGGUCUGGCUUAAAAAUAUUUUUUAUCGUCUUGUUUGUUAUUAUUUUAAUUGCUGCUUUAAUUGUUGGUGGUGUAUGGUAUUGGGAGUACCAGCAAACUCAGUCACAUAAAACAUUUUACUGAAAAAAUAGUUGAAUUUUGUAAAAAAUAAAAAAUAAUUUGUAUAUUUAAAUUUUAACAU